AUGCCCCGUCCUGGCAAGAAGCGCAAAGGUCCCCGCCGGCACCCACUGACGCCACGCCGGCACAUCUUGCCUUGCAGCUUGUCUCCGAGCAGCCAGAGCCCGACGCUGCUGAGCCCCUGCAGCCCCUGCAGCCCCUGCAGCCCCUUACUAACCCUGCACCCCUGGAGUUGCCGAAGCAGCAAUAGGAAGAGCUUAGUGGUGGGCACCCCGUCUCCGACGCUCUCGCGGCCGCUCUCCCCUCUCUCCGUGCCGACAGCCGGGAGCAGCCCCUUGGACAGCCCACGCAACUUCUCCGCCAGCACCUCCAUCAAUUUCCCCUUCGCUCGCAGCCAUGCUCCUCGGACUGACAGGGCUGAUGGCAGAAGGUGGUCACUGGCUUCGCUACCCUCCUCUGGCUAUGGGACCAACACCCCCAGCUCCACUGUCUCGUCGUCUUCGUCCUCCCAGGAGCGCCUGCACCAGCUGCCGUACCAGCCCACUCCCGACGAGCUGCAUUUCCUUUCUAAGCAUUUCCGCAGUACGGAGAGCGUCAUGGACGAGGAGGGGCGGCAUUCGCCCUGCCUGCGCCCACGAUCCAGGAGCCUCAGCCCUGGGCGGACGAGUGGAACGUUUGAUAACGAGGUUGUGAUGAUGAACCAUGUCUACAAGGAGCGGUUCCCCAAGGCCACGGCCCAAAUGGAAGAGCGUCUGCAGGACACCAUCACAAACUUCUCUCCGAGCAGUACUCUGCCUCUGGCAGACGGGGUGCUGGGCUUCAUCCACCACCAGAUCAUCGAGUUGGCCCGUGACUGUCUGGCGAAGUCCCAGGGAGCUCUCAUCACCUCCCGCUACUUCAUGGAGCUGCAGGAAAAGCUUGAGAAGAUGCUCAGAGAUGCUCAGGAGCGUUCGGAGAGCGAGGAGGUGAAGUUCAUUGACCAACUGGUGAGGAAGCUGCUGAUCAUCAUCUCCCGUCCUGCUCGCCUUCUGGAGUGCCUGGAGUUUGACCCGGAGGAGUUUUACCAUCUCUUGGAAGCUGCAGAAGGACACGCCAAAGUUGGCCAGGGAAUAAAGACCGAUAUUCCCCGAUACAUCAUCAGCCAACUGGGGCUCGUCAAGGACCCGCUGGAGGAAAUGGUCCAGCUGGAUCACUUUGACAGCGGGAACACCAUCACACCAGAGAAUGAUGACACUUGUGAGCCUUUGGUCACUGCUCCUCGGAGGAAGCCCUGCGAGGGGGACUUUGAGACCAUCAAGCUGAUCAGCAAUGGGGCUUACGGGGCCGUGUACCUGGUGAGGCACAGGGAGACACGGCAGCGCUUCGCCUUGAAGAAAAUCAACAAGCAGAACCUCAUCCUGAGGAACCAGAUCCAGCAGGUCUUCGUGGAGAGGGACAUCCUCACCUUCGCAGAGAACCCCUUCGUGGUCAGCAUGUUCUGCUCCUUCGAGACGAAGCGACACCUCUGCAUGGUGAUGGAGUACGUGGAAGGGGGGGAUUGUGCCACAUUGCUGAAGAACAUGGGCCCGCUGCCUGUCGACAUGGCGAAGAUGUACUUUGCCGAGACUGUUCUCGCGCUGGAAUAUCUCCACAACUAUGGCAUUGUCCACCGGGACCUCAAACCCGACAAUUUGCUCAUCACCUCCAUGGGCCACAUAAAGCUGACAGACUUCGGUCUGUCAAAGAUCGGCUUGAUGAACAUGACCACGAACCUCUACGAAGGGCAUAUGGAGAAGGACACUCGAGAGUUCAUGGACAAGCAGGUGUGUGGCACUCCAGAGUACAUUGCCCCAGAAGUCAUCCUCAUACAGGGCUAUGGGAAGCCUGUCGACUGGUGGGCCAUGGGCAUCAUCCUCUACGAGUUCCUGGUGGGCUGCGUCCCCUUCUUCGGAGACACCCCCGAGGAGCUCUUCGGGCAGGUCAUCAGCGAUGAAAUUAUGUGGCCGGAAGGGGACGAGGCUCUUCCCACGGAUGCCCAGGACCUGAUCAUGCGGUUGCUGAGACAGUGUCCCCUCGAGCGCUUGGGCACCGGGGGUGCACAUGAGGUGAAGCACCAUUCCUUCUUCCUCCACCUGGACUGGAACGGGCUGCUGCGGCAGAAGGCCGAGUUCAUCCCCCAGCUGGAGUCAGAGGACGACACCAGCUACUUCGACACUCGCUCCGAGAGGUACCGCCACUUGGAUUCGGAGGAUGAAGAAACCAACGAUGAGGAAUCAUCCGUGGAGAUCGGGCAGUUCUCCUCCUGCUCCCAUCGCUUCAGCAAGGUGUACAGCAGCUCCGAAUUCCUGGCGGCUCACUCCAACCUCAGCCUCUCGUCCUCCGAUCAGAGUCACAGUGAGGACAAAGAGGAGCGAUGGGACAGGCAUUCGGGAGACGAGGACAGGAGCCGGCUGGCAGGCACAGAGCCCCGGCUCCGCUCCUGGACGUCCUGCAGCUCCACGCCGUACACCUCCCGGCAUGAGCGAAGCCGCAGCCCUGCCGCGCUGCCCAGCACCUACAGCCUGGACACCAUGCCCAAGUUUGCCUUCUCCUCGGAGGACGAAAGCCCUUGCGUGGCAUCCUCCAAGCCGGAGAGACCCAAGUUUGUGCUGGGAGAACGUCCCCAAACUCUCCCUCGUCCUCUCUGUGCAGCCGAUCUCGUCAGCCUGAACCGCAUCCGCCUCCGGAGCAACAGCACCGGCACCAAAAACUCGACUCCCCGGGGCCUGGAGCCGGGCGGGAGCCGUCGGCUGGGCAGCCAGAAGGAUGUGCCGGACAGGCAGAGAGCCUCGCCGGGCGGCCGUGUCCCCAAAUCUGCCUCCGUCUCAGCCUUAUCCCUCAUCAUCACAUCAGAUGACUUUGGUGGCGGUGCCCUGAUGAGCCCCAUCUCCCCCCACUCCCUCUCGUCCAACCCCUCUUCCCGUGACUCCUCCCCAAGCCGAGACUCAUCCCUCGCCAUCGCCAGCCUGCGGCCUCCCAUCAUCAUCCACAGCUCGGGCAAGAAGUACGGCUUCACCCUGCGAGCCAUCCGCGUCUACAUGGGGGACAGCGACGUCUAUACCGUCCACCAUAUGGUCUGGAGCGUGGAAGAGGGGAGCCCUGCUCAGGAAGCGGGGCUGAGAGCGGGCGAUCUCAUCACACAUGUGAACGGCGAAUCGGUGCUGGGUUUAGUUCACCGGGACGUCGUGGAGCUGCUGCUGAAGAGUGGGAAUAAAGUAGCCCUGCGGACCACCGCCCUGGAGAACACCUCCAUUAAAAUCGGCCCUGCUCGGAAAAACAGUUCCAAGACGAGGAUGGCGCGGAGGAGUAAGAAGAGCAGGAAAAGGGACAGCCAGGACAGGAGAAAAUCCCUUUUCAAGAAGAUCUCCAAGCAGUCAUCGGUCCUGCACACCAGCCGCAGCUUCUCCUCCGGUCUCCAUCACUCGCUGUCCUCCAGCGAGAGCCUCCCGGAGUCCCCCACGCACAGCCUGUCCCCGGGUCCCACGACGCCCUGCCGCAGCCCCGCUCCCGACCUGCCCCCAGAUGCUGUGUCCCCACAGAGCACCUCUCCCUCCUCCAGCACCCCAACGUCACCCGCUGGCCACGUGCGCCCCAGCUCCCUGCACGGGCUGGCACCCAAACUGGGUGGGCAACGCUACAAAGUGGGACGUCGCAAAUCCACCAGCAGCAUCCCCCCCUCGCCCCUCGCCUGCACGCCUUCCUCUGCCCAGCGCCCGCCUUCUCCCCAGCGCUCCCCAUCCCCGCUCCCAGGGUACCCCAAAACCCCCCAUUCCUUCCAGGGCAAGACCCUAUCCCCCCCCACCAUCGUCCGCCAGAGCUCACGACCCCGCAGUGCCGACUGCCCCCGCUCCCCCCUCCUCAAGCGUGUCCAGUCGGCCGAGAAGAUCGGCCGCAAGCUGGGGCUGGAGAUGCCUGCGAUGGAUGGGGAGGCCAUGGGGGAAGGCGAAGCACUGGCGUACCCUGGGGAGCACGGUUAUCACCCCACCAGCUCCCGGCUGGGGGACAGACACGACCGGGACCAGGAGGUGGUGGUCAUGCGGCGCUUGAACCUCUCCGAGCGUCGGGACUCCUUCAAGAAGCAAGAAGCGGUUCAAGAAGUGAGUUUCGAUGAGCCGGAGCCGGUGCCGGCAAGCGAAGAUGGUGGCAAGAGCGAAGCCGGGCAGGGUGCAGCUCUCCGGUGCGGCGGCAUGGCUGGCACGGAGUCGAAGCCGAAGCCCAGCCCGGUCCCGCAGAUCGCAGUGCAGGGCUCCGAGAGCGAUGAGCAGGAGCCAGCGGCGGCCGAGUGGGAAUGCCAGGGCUCCUACCCCAUCGGCAACACCAAGCAGCCGGACGGCAGCAUCUCCUCGCUGUGGCGGGAUGGAUGUGAGCAUCGGGACCACAGCUCCCGGCAGCACCGGAACUGCGGGGAGAGAGCAACCGGCCACUGGCAACCACCGCAGGUGCCGCCGGCACCACCAGCGUGGGGCCAGGAGCCAGCGGGUGCUCAGCUCCCAGCACCCCAGAGCAGUGCAUGGAGCGGGGCGAAACAUGCCUGA